AUGACCUCGCCAGACUCUCCUCCUCUUGUGUCGCCUUCGCCGUGUCCCGCACCUCCUCCCUCUCUUCCCACGUCCCCGGUACCAUCCUCCCCUGCCCCCUCUUCCUCUUCACUCCCAGUCCCACCUUCACUGCCCCCAACAGGGGAAGUUAUGGUCCUGGCGCUAGGCAGGAAGAAGCAAAGGGUUCUGAUUGUUCUGUCCAUCCUUCCAAAUCUUUUCUUGGCCUUCCUGCUCUCCUCUGACCCCCUCAUCACGCUCUCCUCGCCACAUCACUGCCACCUGCCCGGGCCCGCGCCUUCGCCCGAGGUGCUGAACAUCUCAGUACCCUGGGAGAAAGGCCUGAGGCCUGGUAGCAGCGGAGCACUUUCCCAGUGUAAGCAGUAUGCUAACGGGAGCCAGUCGGAGGUAGUGGACUGCCAGGCCGGAUGGGACUAUAACAUCACAGAAGGGCUGCGGAACAACAUUGUAACAGAGUGGGAUCUGGUGUGCGGUCGAUAUUGGCUGGUCCCUGUGGAGGAAGUUUGCUUCAUCCUGGGGGUUCUCACCGGCUGUCUCGGCCUGGGUUUUGCUGCUGACAGAAUUGGCCGCUCCAAGACCUUGCUGACGUCACUCACUCUAUCAGUGGUGUUUGGCGUGUUGGUGUGCGUCUCCCCGUACCCUUCUAUCUUCAUUGUCAUGCGCUUCUGUCUGGCGGCUGCGAGCGCUGGUGUCUACCUCACCCUGUACAUCUCUCGCCUGGAGUUGUGUGAGCCUUCACUGAGGCUGAUAGCAACCGUACUGGCAGGGCUGAUGACUGUUUCUGGGGAGCUACUCUUGCUGGCAGUGGCUCUUGGCUUCCACUCCUGGAGGGGUCUGUUGGGAGCCGGUGCUGCUCCACUAAUGCUCUUCCUCAGUUACGGCAUUCCUGGCGUUUUUCCAGAGUCUCCUCGUUGGCUUUUGCUGACUGAGCGACAUGGAGACAUGAACUCCUUCAGCGAGAGGAGAAACUCAAACAGAGAUGUCAGGGACGACGAGAGCUUCACAGAGCUGGAUUCGGAGCCGGCGGCCUCCUCACGCCCUCACCUGUCCUUUCCUGAACUCUUCCACAGCAAGAACAUCUGGAAGAACAUUUGUGUGCUUGGCUUUACCUCAUUCAUCUCUCAUGGCAUCAGCCACUGCUACAGCUCUUUCCGAGGCGACGUACGAGGUACGGCUCCCAGCUUCUAUUGGACGUACCUUUUGUCUGUGUGCGCGGGAGGCGGCGCCUGGGUGUUGCUGUGGGCGACCGUCGACAGGUGCGGUCGCCGCGGCAUCCUUCUGCUUUCCAUGACGAUGACGGGCCUGGCAUCCUUGAUUCUCCUUGGACUCAUGAAGUAUCUCAGUGAGAAUGCCAUCACAAUUUUCUCUGUGAUGGGCCUCUUCUCCUCGCAGGCCACUGCGUCGCUUUGCAUUCUCUUCACGGCAGAGAUCAUGCCCACGGUCAUCAGAGGGACGGGCGUGGGUGUUGUGCUCGCCCUGGGCUGCGUGGGGCGCCUCAGUUCCCCGCUCAUGGACCUGAGAAAUCACUACGGCUACUUCUUGCACCACGUGGUUUAUUCCUCUCUGGCCCUGCUGGCAGUCUUGUCCAUCCUUCUGCUGCCUGAGAGUAAGAGAAAGCCGCUGCCUCAGACUCUGGCCGAUGGCGAACAGUACCGGCGUCCCCCGCUAGGCCGGAGGAGGCGGGACAACGUGCCGCUGCUGGCCACUCCCAACCCAGAGACUUAA